GACUGAGAGGAGCUGGGAGGGGGUCACAGACAGGGUCUCUGGAGAAGGACAAGGUCCCUCAGCUCAGGGUCAAGGGCAUGAGGGGAGGGGUGACUCUCUACACAUCACAACCUUCCUCUCCCCAGGAAUGUACAGGAAACCCUCCCUCUCAGCCCAGCCGGGACCCUCAGUGGCCAGGGGAGCGACCGUGACCCUGCAGUGUGGGUCUGAGAUCUGGUUUGACACCUUCCACCUGCACAGGAUGGGGUCGCUGGACCCUCCCCAGCACCUUCGUCUGCAGAACACGUCUGCACCCUCUCAGGCCAACUUCACCCUCAGUCCUGUGACCUCAGGCCACCAGGGGACCUACAGGUGCUAUGGCUCACGCAGCACCUCCUGCUACCUGCUGUCACACCCCAGUGACCCCCUGGAGCUGAUGGUCUCAGGAUGAUAGCUCUUCCAAGGUGAUUCCGAGCAGGUGCUGAGUUCAGACAUCACUGGGCUGCUGAUGUGCAGGGGAGCUGGGAGCCCAGGGAAGACACCAGAAUCCUGGAGGUUUGAGUCCGCCCUGACCUCUGAGACUUCUUUACCUACGGAUUUUCCCAUCCCCAAGCCUACCCAGUGGAGAACCUCAUUCGGAUGGAUGGGCGUGGCUGGCUUGGUCCUGGUUGUCCUCGGGGUGCUGCUAUUUCAGGCUGGAAAUGACACCAGAAGGACCCUAGAUGCAGCCAGGAUGAGAAUACAGAGGGAGCAACGCGCCGUUCAGAGUGGGGGAGCCUUGGAGCCCAUCUGAUGAUCCCAGGAGGUGGCGAAAGAGAAUGUGGACCAUAGUUGGGGAAACUGUCUGCUGAGAACGUCCAGGGGAGGAGACGUGGUCGACGAGGUUUGGGUGCAGGAGGACGUGGGCCAUGUCCCUGUAGAGCAGCGGUUCUCAACCUUCCUAAUGCCGAGACCCUUUAAUAUAGUUCCUCAUGCUGUGCUGACCCCCAACCAUAAGAUUAUUU